UUGUUCAGACGCGUCAUGUCGUCUUCUCCAGAAAUCUCGAUAAACGUGAAAGGCCCGAGUGAAUUGAAACUCCAAAUCUCAAUUACAACCGACAAGACUGUGCUCGAGCUGAAACAGGCCAUCGCCGAGAAAUCGGAUGUAGAGGCGGACAGGCAACGACUUAUUUACUCGGGACGAGUGUUGAAGGAUGAAGACCAACUGUCUGUGUACAAAAUCCAGACUUCGCACACGAUCCAUAUGGUCAAAGGCGCUGCCCGCUCCGGAGGAUCGACCUCCGCUCAGUCAUCUGCUCCCCAACAGCUUCCAACGAUGCAAACCGGCCAGAACCCGCAUGACCCGCUCACCCAACUCAAUAGCCACAUGGGUUUUGGGGCUAUGGCUGGUCUGAACCCAUUUGCUGACAUGGGCCUUAAUCCCAACGACCCCAACAUGAUGCAAGGCAUGAUGAAUAACCGGCAAUUCCUCCAACAAAUGUCGACGAUGAUGUCCAACCCACAAAUCAUGGACCAAAUUCUUGCCUCGAGCCCACAAAUGGCCUCCCUCCCACCAGAGGCGCGGAGUAUGAUGCAAAGCGAUCAUUUCCGGCAAAUGGUCUCAAACCCCGAUAACCUGCAGCGAAUGCUGCAGAUGGCCAACAUGUUCAACGGGAUGGGUGGCGGCGCGGGUAAUGGCGGAAGCGCUUUCCCUGCACCAGGAAUUCCCGGUGCACCUGCUGCUGCUGCGGCAACGACUACCCCGCAACCACAACAGCAGCCUCCUGCGUUCCCCAAUUUGUUUGGUGGUGCGGGCGGAAACGCACCAGGCUAUGACCCCGCAAUGAUGGCCGCUUUGUUGGGUUUAAAUGCGGGUGGUCAGGCCGCUCCGACUUCGCCUGGAGGGACCACGCCACCAGCCGCUGGAGGGGCAUUACCGAAUCCGGCACUGUACCAGCAGCUUUUCGGUGGCGCACCGACCCCGCCUGCGGACUCACGGCCACCAGAAGAACGAUUCCAAGUACAACUUCAGCAACUGCAAGAUAUGGGCUUCAGCAACGCCGCACAAAAUGUGCGUGCACUCCUGGCAACGGGAGGGAAUGUCCACUCUGCGAUCGAGUAUAUUCUCGGUGGAGGAGGGUUGUAG